AUGGGGGUAGGCGAUAUUUCGAUCCGCUCCAGCGAGCGUCCUGAGACGGGCAGCGUCAACAUAUCAGUUGGUGUGUUCCCAGCGUCGUCAAAGAACGAUUCAGUCGAUGCACACAGAAUUGCGAACGAGAUAGUCACACAGUUCAACGAUGCGCUUGCGAAGCGAGAUCAUGCAGCGAUUGCAGACCUUUUCUGCAAAGACAAUAGCUACUGGAGAGAUCACUUGGCCAUGACUUGGGAUCUGAGAACUGCGAAGGGCAGCUCCGAAAUCAAGAAGUACUUGGACUCUAGCAAGGUCCGGCUGGAAAAGGUUGAAGUGAGCAAGAGCUCGGAUUAUCGGGCGCCAAAGUUUGGAGCGAUCGACGUUUUGGGCGACGUCAAUGGCAUAAAUCUUUUCGUGACCUUCGAAACAAGUGUUGGGCGUGGCGAGGGUGUCAUGAAUCUCACGGACGACAGCGGGCAAUGGAAAGUGUUUACGCUCUACACCUUGCUAAAGGAGCUCAAGGGUCAUGAAGAGCCGCUGGGGCACCGACGGACGAAGGGUGUCAAGCAUGGCGGGGACCCAGCCAGAAAAACCUGGAAGGAGACCCGGGAUGCGGAGAAAGAAGAUAUGGACCCGAAGGUGUUAAUUAUAGGUGCUGGACAGGGUGGUCUGACAGUUGCUGCGCGCCUGAAGAUGCUCAACAUUCCUGCACUCAUGGUGGAUCAGAACGAAAGAGUUGGCGAUAACUGGCGCAAGCGGUAUCGGCAACUCGUACUGCACGAUCCAGUGUGGUACGACCACAUGCCCUAUGUACCUUUCCCAGCACAUUGGCCUAUCUUUACCCCCAAGGACAAGCUCGCUGAGUUCUUCGAAGCUUACGUGAACCUGCUCGAACUUAACGUAUGGACUUCUACGAGCCUCAAAUCAACGUCGUGGGAUGAGGGCAAGAAGCAGUGGACCGUGACUGUCGAGCGUCGGAAAGCAAAUGGAUCCGUUCAAACGCGGACUUUGCACCCGAAACACAUCGUGCAGGCAACUGGUCAUUCAGGCGAGAAGAAUUUUCCCCAGAUCAAAGGCAUGGAAAGCUUCAAAGGCGACCGGCUGUGCCACAGCUCUGAGCAUCCUGGCGCGAAUCCAGAAUCUAAAGGCAAGAAGGCUAUUGUUGUAGGGUGCUGUAAUUCCGGGCAUGACAUUGCGCAAGACUUCUUCGAGAAAGGGUACGACAUUACUAUUGUGCAGCGCAGUACAACAUGCGUUGUCUCCUCCGAAGCCAUCACCGACAUUGGCAAUAAGGGUUUGUACGAUCAAGAUGCGCCGCCCAUUGACGAUGCCGACCUUACUUUCUGGGGCUUGCCAAGCGAGCUUCUGAAGGCACAGCAGAUCAAAGUCACCAAAAUCCAAGCUGAUCAUGACAAGAAGAUCCACGACGGCCUUCGCGCAGCUGGCUUCGUUGUUGACAGUGGGCCAAUGGACUCAGGCCUUCUUAUCAAGUAUUUCCAACGCGGUGGUGGCUACUACAUCGACGUCGGAGCAUCUCAACUCAUAAUUGAUGGGAAGAUCAAGGUCAAGCAAGGCCAGGAAAUUGAGCAAAUUCUGCCAGAUGGAAUCGAAUUCGCGGAUGGUGAUAAGCUGGAGGCCGAUGAGAUCGUGUUCGCGACUGGGUACCAAAACAUGCGCACGCAGGCACGUAAGAUCUUUGGCGAUGAAGUAGCGGACCGCGUCAGCGACGUGUGGGGAUUCAACGACGAAGGUGAGUUCAGAACCAUGUGGCAAAAGAGCGGUCAUCCUGGGUUGUGGUUCAUGGGUGGUAAUCUGGCGCUCUCGAGGUUCUACAGUCGGAUACUAGCGUUGCAGAUCAAGGCUGUAGAAGAAGGCAUGAUAGAAGAUGCUGAAGACGUAAUGGCAUCGAAGCCCCAGGUCAUCCUCGUCGUUGGCGGAACGUCCGGAAUUGGAUACGCCAUCACGCAAUGCAUUCUUUCAUCGCCUUACCUACCAUUGAAUGCCAAAGUAAUCGCAUUUGGGCUUAUAGAUUCAACCAUCAAGCUCGAGUUUACGAAACAACAGAGAGAGCGCUUAAGGAUAGUCGAAGGCGAUGUCACAGUAGAGGAGGACCGAGAGUUAGCGGUCCAGACAUGUUUUAACCAUUUUGGAGGACUCGAUACAUUGGUGUACUGCGCGGGCGUUAUCACACCAAUACAAAGAUUGGAGAAGUUGGACAUGGAAGCUGUCAAGAGAAGUUUUGAUAUCAAUGUUUUCGGAGCCAUGAGUAUGGUUCAGCUCACCCUCCCACAUCUCCGCGCGUCACGGACAUCUCAUCCUCUGAAUGCUGGUCGUGGCAAAGUUAUAAUCUUGUCUUCAGCAUGCGAUACUACAAUAUCCUACCAUGGUUGGACCCCUUACAGCACCACCAAAGCCGCACUAACCCGGUUCAUUUCCUGCCUCGCACAUGAAGAGCCUCUACUCAGCGUGCAAGGUGUAUACCCGAAGCUGACGCGGACGAAGAUGAUCGAUGGAUUAGUUCAAGGGCGGUAUCAGGGGGUUAUGGCGGACCAUGAGAUUGAGCGGUUCAGAAUUUGGGACGAAAUGGGCGACGAGAUGGUGGAGCCACCUGAACACUGUGGAGACGCAGUUGCGAAGUUGGCCCUCGGCCUUUUCGAGGGUGGAAAGAGUGGAGAGACUCUAUAUUAUUACGAGCACAUUCCGCGGAAGAUCGCGGGGACAUGA